AUGAAUGACCCAAACAACAAACGAUCUCAUUGUAUCAUUGACAUCAGAGACGAAGAAAAUGUUUACGCGAAACCACCCCACACAGUGAUUGAUUUAUGCGUGCCGGAACAACAAACCCUUCCAGUUGGUGUUAAUGGCAACAACCAACAAACACCAACCUUUGUCGAUUAUUUCAAUUUAUCACCGACGCAGUACCAACGGCACAACUUUACACAAAAAGAAGUCCAAAAACGACUUAGGACCACCCAAGAGCUAAUUGGAGGCGUUGAAACAGACAUUUUGAAUGAAAGAAACACUCAAAGAGUAACGCAACCUGAGAGCUUUGGAGUCGGUCCUUCUUUUGAUUUGAAUUUGAUCAGUGACGAUUCGGUGGAGAACAACUUCGUGCCGAUGGAAUUGGAACCGAAAGAAAGCCACGUUCAAAUUGAGGUCAUUCCAGACUCAAAAGAAAGUGAUGACCACCAAAUGCAAGUUGAGGAAGUACAGCCAUUCAACACAGGUGAAGACCUUUCAUUCGACGAAUUGAUCCUCCCAAAAGUGCACUUUGAAAACAUUCAACAUACCAAUUCAGUCAAUUUAGAAACUGAGAAAAAACUCAGUGAAUCUCUUCUAUUGCCGCCAUUCAAUUCGUUAAUGGUUCAAAAUGGUUCUGAAAACUAUUCCCAAACUAUUCGACAAAACAAAGAUAAGAAUUCUUCUAUCGACGUUAAUGAGAGUGUUCAGAAUACUACAACGCCUUCUACGAUGUCAAAAUCAAAAGGAGGUGCAAAUAUAUCGAUGGAGGACAAUGACAAAUUUAAUGUAACGUUCAAAUUUGUUCCAAACGAUUUACCAACUGAAAUUAUCAAAGAAAAACUCGACGAUUUCGAGACGGAGUCAAAUGACAUCUCACAAACAGAAGAUUUGGAUGUCACAGAAAAUGGGGAAAUGGUCGAAGAUGAGUUCAAUGAACACAGUAUAACUCUGUUUAACAAUUUAUUACGGCGCAUUCACCCAAUUAUGAAGACAAGCAACACGACAUUCAGUCGGAUAUUCAUUGGGAACAUAUGCCGAUUUGGUGCUGAUGUGCGAUAUUGGCCAGAAGACACUUUCAGUGUGUUUUUCGAUCGCAGUCGUUUACAGUCAGUGAUCAACUCGUUUUUGAGAGUGAAGGAAAUUGACAGAAACAUUGUUAAAAGUGCCGAGUUAGUAACAAAGGCGCGGAGGUUUCUCUACAAACUGCAAACAGCCGACAUGGUCAUUAUCCCAUCUAUCGACGAGAAGUGGUGUGAUGGCCUUUUUGAAGACAAGGCAAAGUGUAAGAAGGCAAGAGAGUGGUCGUUCAUUAAUGAUAUGAGAUUGUUGUCGUCUGUGUGUAUGUAUGGGGCUGGCGUGUGUCAUUUGUAUCUCAAUGAUGAGGUGCUUAACACCACACUUACUGUUCAGUUCAAUUUGGAUACCACAAGUGAAAAGGUGGCAUUCAUGGCAAGACGACUUGCUCUUCUUGGCGACAAGUUGUGA